GAGCCCGGCUCGCUUAAAAGCGCGAGCCCCUCAUCCUGAGGCUCACUGUUCAUCACUGAGGCUUUAAUCCGGGAUAUAAUCUGAUCAACUGGUGACGUCAUGAAGUCCCCGAAGCUGCAGGCUCCAGCGAAGUUCGUGAAGGAGGAGGACCUGAGCGACGUCCUGUGCGAAUUCGACGCGGUGAUCGAAGACUUCACGUCGCCCGUGGAGAAGCGACACUUUCGGUACGACGAGCACCUGAAGACGGUGAAGCGGAGGAGCUGCGCGAGCGUCAGCGACAGCGGCAUCAGCGACACUGACAGUGCUGAUUCACUCAACAGAAACAGCUUCAGCUUCAGCGAUGAGAGGCUGAACUCCCCCACCGCGCUCUCCCCCGCCGCAUCCUCCCCCCCUCUGAUGUCACCCAAACCCAAACUGGGAGACACCAAAGAUCUGGAGGACUUCAUCGCCGACCUCGACCGGACGUUAGAGAGUGAGUGAAGACGCCGUCCGUCUGUCAGAACAUUAUGAUUAAAACGAGCCGCCGGCUCCGAUGGCCGCCUGUUUCCCGCCGCUCCUACAGCGC